CGCAGUUUCCCCUCUCCCCAGCCCUGACUCUACGCGCACAUGCGCACUGCGCCCGCAGCCCUGGACCAUUUGUCAGGACUACUCGUGAGACGGAGAAAAAAAAAAAGAGAAAAUUUGGGGAUCCUUCAGACAAGCCUUGGGGCUGCUCACCAGUUGUGAAGUCCAUCACACUGUUCUGACUUUCAUUACGACUACAAGGUUAAAAAAGGAAUCAUGACUGAAUCUGCAUCCAGCACAAGUGGGCAAGAGUUUGAUGUGUUCAGUGUUAUGGACUGGAAAGAUGGAGUAGGUACAUUACCAGGAAGUGACUUAAAGUUUCGAGUGAAUGAGUUUGGAGCUCUAGAGGUGAUUACGGACGAGAGUGAGAUGGAAAGUGUUAAAAAAGCAACAGCUACAACCACUUGGAUGGUACCAACUGCUCAAGAAGCCCCGACCUCUCCCCCGAGCUCCAGGCCCGUAUUUCCACCUGCCUACUGGACAUCUCCACCUGGAUGUCCCACAGUCUUUUCAGAGAAGACUGGGGUGCCCUUCAGGUUGAAGGACCCAAUGAAAGAAGGGCUUCAAUUCUGUGAGAACUGUUGUCAGUAUGGCACUGUAGAUGAAUGUCUUUCUGGAGGAAACUAUUGCAGCCAGAAUUGUGCUCGGCAUGUCAAAGACAAAGAUCAGAAGGAAGACAGGGAUGGAGGAGAAGACAAUGAGGAAGAGGACCCUAAGUGUAGUCGGAAGAAAAAGCCAAAAUUAUCCCUGAAAGCAGACUCCAAGGAAGAUGGAGAAGAGAAAGAUGAUGAAAUGGAGAACAAACAAGAUGGAAGAAUACUGAGGGGCUCUCAGCGAGCCCGGAGGAAAAGACGGGGGGAUCCGGCUGUCUUAAAACAAGGUUUGCCACCAAAAGGCAAGAAAUCUUGGUGCUGGGCAUCUUACUUGGAGGAAGAAAAAGCUGUGGCAGUGCCCACCAAGCUGUUCAAGGAGCACCAGUCUUUUCCAUAUAACAAAAAUGGAUUCAAAGUUGGCAUGAAGUUAGAAGGUGUAGACCCUGAGCAUCAGUCUGUCUACUGUGUUCUCACUGUGGCUGAGGUUUGUGGAUAUCGGAUAAAGCUUCACUUUGAUGGCUAUCCAGAUUGCUACGACUUCUGGGUAAAUGCAGACGCUCUGGAUCUUCACCCUGUUGGAUGGUGUGAGAAAACUGGCCAUAAGCUCCAUCCUCCAAAAGGAUAUAAAGAAGAAGAAUUUAAUUGGCAGACCUAUCUGAAGACAUGCAAAGCCCAAGCUGCACCUAAGUCAUUAUUUGAAAAUCAGAAUAUAACAGUGAUCCCAUCAGGCUUUCGAGUUGGAAUGAAGCUUGAGGCUGUAGACAAAAAGAAUCCUUCAUUCAUCUGUGUUGCUACGGUAACAGAUAUGGUGGACAAUCGUUUUCUGGUACAUUUUGACAACUGGGAUGAGAGCUAUGACUAUUGGUGUGAAGCAUCUAGUCCACACAUUCAUCCCGUUGGAUGGUGUAAAGAACACAGAAGAACCCUUAUCACUCCACCAGGUCAUCCCAAUGUGAAACAUUUUUCUUGGGAUAAAUACUUAGAAGAAACCAAUUCUUUACCUGCUCCUGCAAGAGCUUUCAAAGUGAGACCUCCACAUGGAUUCCAGAAAAAAAUGAAGCUUGAGGUUGUGGACAAGAGAAACCCCAUGUUUAUUAGAGUAGCCACUGUGGCAGACACCGAUGAUCACCGGAUAAAGGUUCACUUUGAUGGCUGGAAUGCUUGCUAUGACUACUGGAUAGAUGCAGAUUCUCCUGAUAUUCACCCUGUGGGCUGGUGUUCCAAAACCGGACAUCCUCUUCAGGCACCUUUGAGCUCUGCGGAAUUAAUGGAGCCUUCAGAAAGUGGAGGAUGCUCAACUCUAGGGUGUAAAGGGAUUGGCCAUUUUAAGAGAGCAAGGCACCUGGGCCCUAACAGUGCUGCCAACUGUCCUUAUUCAGAAAUCAACUUGAAUAAAGACCACAUUUUCCCAGACCGCCUAAGUGGUCAAAUACCUCCAGCUGGUCCGACAUUUCCAAGAACUAAAAGAGCAGACACAAAUGAAAGCUCUUCAUCUCCUGAAAUCAGAGAACAGCAUGCUGAUGAAGGCAAAGAAAAUGCUGAAGAAAGAAAAGAAAGUGAAGUCAGGCCAUCACAUGAAGCCAAAGGUGCCAGGGAAGAACCUACUGUACAGCAGGCCCAACGUCGCUCAGCUGUCUUUCUGUCUUUUAAGUCCCCAAUUCCAUGUCUCCCUUUGCGCUGGGAGCAGCAAAGCAAACUUCUUCCAACUGUCGCUGGCAUCCCUGCUAGUAGAGUGUCCAAAUGGAGCACGGAUGAGGUGUCAGAAUUCAUACAGAGCCUACCUGGGUGUGAAGAACAUGGAAAAGUAUUUAAAGAUGAACAAAUUGAUGGAGAAGCAUUUUUACUUAUGACUCAGACAGACAUUGUUAAAAUCAUGAGCAUUAAGCUGGGUCCUGCUCUCAAAAUCUUCAACUCCAUCCUGAUGUUCAAAGCUGCAGAGAAGAAUUCUCACAAUGAACUUUGAAGGUAGUGAAUCCUGAGUACAAUCAGCUUUUUGCUUUAAAGCUCAUGUUUUACUCAAAGCACAAGGACCUUUGUGACCUCUGAAGUGAGAAACUCAAAAGAGCAACACUAUUGGAUUAUUUAUAUUCCUCGAAAGACAAUAUAUAUGAAUUCUUAUGGAAGUGCUUGAGCUUUUAACCAGGUACUGUCUAACAACAGUCAUCUUUUGGUUCUGUUCACUGAGCUAAAUCUAUCUUUGUAAAUCUUUUUGAGGCUGAGGGGUGGGGGGGGGGUUAAAGGGAACUUCAUUAAUUAUUUAUGGAUAAGGGAGGGCAAAGUAAGAACUUUUGGCAUUUUGUAAACAUUGUUAAAUUCUCUUUCAUGUACACUGUUUCUUUUUCAAUACUUUGAGAGACCUUUUUAUAUAAUUGAAUUUCAACUUAAACCAAAUUAGUCAAAAACCUGGCUACAUUCAGCCAGUGGGACUGUUAUCUGUAUUGUUCAUUUUGUGCCAUAUUUUGAAUUGCAACAUUAUGCUAAGUAUAACUUUGCAAGUCAUGAUAUUGCCUAACUGCUUGUCAUCAUUUGUUGGGGCUGUAUAGUCUGUAGAAAGUAUUUUGUUUUCUUUUUAAGUCAGUGUUUUUACUUUUGCACGCAUUAGGAAAUGUUCAGCCAAUUACUUUCACCAGCAUCUUUAUUACCAAAAACAUGUAUAUAAAAGACUGGAAUUGAAAAAUAAAAUGUAUAAAGAUAAAUUAAUGAGGUAGUAUAUUUGAGUGGCAUCAGUCCCAAGAGUUGUGGUGCCCUGGGUAAGUAGAGGAGCCAUGUAGCAUCAGGAGAAUAUGAGGUUACACUCCCACGGGAGGUAAGAUCUUCAGCUCCUCUCUGGUUGUCAUAGAAGUAAUUGUGGUGCUUUACAGAGAUGAAGGGCUCAUUCUGUGGAUGGAAACAUGCAUCCUUAAAGAGCUCUGUCUCAGAUACUGCAUUGCCCUCCAAACCCAAAGGUUUGCUUCAGGGUGGCUGAAGAACCAUUGUAUGGUUUUUACCAAACUGGUGAGGUGUAUGAGAGCAACAAACACCAGCAGACACCAAGUUUUCCAUGUUCGCAGGUCAGGGAUGUGAUUCCCAAAGCAGUUACUAAAGAGCCCUCAUUUGGAAGAGUCUUUUUUUUUUUUUUGUCCAUAGAAAGUACUUUGCUUCAAUAUAUGAAUAUUCGGAUGCACUUUAAAUGAAAACCUUUGAUUAUCUAUAAAAUGAUAGCUGACAGUGUUUCUUUGUGAAGAAUGCAUUUCUAAGGGAAAAGGUAAAUUAUUUUGUCAGUCUAGUGAUGUACUUCCUAAUUCCAGGAUUCCAUGUACAUUCAGGGACUGUUUUUAAACUAGAAAGUAGGUUUGGUAGCAUGCUGUCUGAAUUCAGAGGAAAGUCCCACCCUUUCCUUAGUUGCUCUCAUUCCUUUGAUGUGCCAUGUUGGGAGGCUUUUUAUCAGUUUUUUGUGGUUAUCAUGAUAAAUAGGUGAAAACAAGGUCAGUGAGUGACAUGUACAGGGUCCCAUUCAUUUCUUUGCAUGACUAAGUAUUUUGUUAUCUUCCUCCUUUUUAACCUUCUGUUCAUAAUUUGUACAUUAAAUUGUACUUGUUACAUCUAUUGUAAAUAAAAUAAAAUCUUGAUUGUA